UGUUAGUGCAGGCAGGGUGUAUCAGCCGCCCCGCGCCGACGUGAUGUUUCAGCUGCAAAGCAAAUUAUGUAAAAACUGACACGAGCGCUCCAGACUUUAUUUGUGCAGCUAAAGUGACCAUUUCCCAUUUUACCCGACAGUCCCCUCCAGAAGGGUCUCAACACAGACAUCUUUUUCUUGUGGGCUCCAAAAGCAGAAGACCACCGACCCCCUCAUGAGGCCAUCUCACCGCCAGAACAUGCAAUCACGGAUCCGCAGAGGCAGCCGAUGUGACCGGGGGUGAAGUAACAGGCUGCUGCUCCGGACAGACCGGGAGAAACUUUCCUCACCUGGCUUGUGUCCGGUGAACUGUGACCGCUGCUGUGUGGGGCUCUUCUUGCGCGCCGCCUCUCACUUUAUUUCUACGUGGGUGAGCAGUGUGUGCGUGUGUUUGUGGCACCUCCCCGCUCCUCCAUAGAUCUGGUUGCCCCCUUGUACCUUACAAGCCUCACCAUGCAUUUCUCCCGCACCUCCUGGCUGCUGUAGUUAGAGCAGGAAGCCGAGGUUCCUUCCCAUCAGCUGACUCCCUCCUUGCUUUGGUUUGGACACCGGACCGUGCGUCAUGCCGCGACACCUGAAGCGCACCCCGGUUCCGUUGCAGGACCGCAUGGUUCCUUUGUAACUGGAUCUACUUUUUCCUUUUUUUAUUUGGAGGGAGAGGAGGGCAUGCUCUCCUCGUCUCUGGAGAACACUUGCAAAGAGGAGAAGAAAGUAGAAAGACGAGGGUGAGCGGCAGCAGCAGCGACACACACACACACACACACACACACACACACACAAGGAGGGAGAGAUAAUCUUAGAGAGUAACUUGUAGAUGUUUGAUCAGGCCACGACUAUGGGCGAUGGGAGCCACCGCUGUGGACCCAACCCGUUGUGUCCGGACCGGAUGGAGACAAAGUGCCGCGCCGAGAUAGGGAGCAGGUCCCCGGUUCAGAGCUCCACCGACACCCCGGGGACAUCAGCGUCCACGCCGACGUCCUCCAGCGAAGACGGACACGACAAACUUUUGGGAGUGGACCCUGACUACUGUCGGAGGAUAUUAGUGAGAGACGCCAAAGGCACCAUCCGGGAGAUCGUCCUGCCGAAGGGCCUCGACCUGGACCGGCCCAAGCGCACGCGGACCUCCUUCACGGCCGAGCAGCUGUACCGGCUCGAGCUCGAGUUCCAGCGCUGCCAGUACGUUGUUGGGCGCGAGCGCACUGAGCUAGCGAGGCAGCUGAAUCUCUCCGAAACACAGGUCAAGGUGUGGUUCCAAAACCGCCGGACCAAACAGAAGAAGGACACCACCAAGGAUUCAGACAAACGCUCCUCCUCCUCAAACGAGUCCUUGGCCACCUGCAACAUCCUGCGCCUCCUGGAGCAGGGCCGCCUCCUAUCAGGCCCUGCCCCACCUCCUAACUCCCUCCUGGGGCCGCCACACCCAGCAAAUGGCUCCCUGCUGAGCAGCCCAGGUGGAGGCUCCUCCACCUCUCCGGGAAUCAGCAGUGGCACUCCUCCUAACUCUCUACCAGGGGGGACUUUUGGGCUGUCGCUGCCCUCCCUGGGUGGCACCCCGCCCUCACCGCGGCUAGGCGUGCCGCCGCCACACUCUCUCUGCUUCUCCAUGCCGCUGCUGGGGGGCGCUCAUCAUGAACUGACGUCCGCCUACGGCUGCGGUUCCUCAGCUUUUGAGCCGUACAUGCGGCUGGACAGGAAGGAGGCAGAUCUGGGAGGGAAGAAGACGGUUUCUUAAGUAAUGCGUCCCUCUUUAAGGACAUCAGGGGACUUGUCUUUGUCGGGCGUCUCCGCAGUCGUUCACCCCGCCGCCUGUUUGACACUUGAGCUUCAGCAGACGGGGAAAGAAAGCGACCUGCACCAUGAGAAAUGUGAAAAAGGAAGAGACCAGGUUCCUCGUGGCACCAUUUUGUGCCACAGCACUGUUGAGCACACUGAUACAAAAUGGUGGAAAGGACGUGAUGUGACGGAGACUCUCCCACAUUAAAAAACAAAACUUGUGAAUUUUUGCAGAAAUGCCGUGUGUGUGUAUGUUGCGUGAACCCUGACAGACAGAUGUUUUUAUCACCACUCUCUUCGCAGUGGUUUCAAGUGACUCUUCACUUUUUGUCCAGUGAGUUUGUGUGUGUGGUUUUCUCUCUAUACAGGCCUUCAUUUACUGUUCAGGAAAAAAAAAAUACUUGACAUGGAUAGUUCAGACUGAAUCAGUGUCUGAAUGAGAAGAGUGGUAUUUCAAAGAGAGCAGUUUGUACACAUUUCAGUACAUAUUCCCGUACAAGUGGCCAUGUUUGAUUUUAGUUAAUGUGCUAUCACGAUAUGGAAGAAACAAUGAAAAAAAAAAAAAAAAAAGAAUUGUAGCAUUUUAAUAUCAGUCUGUUUGGUGUCCAGCAGUAGUUUUUGUAAAUUCUUUAUUUGGUUGUGUUUGUGUAUGAAAUAAUAAUGUGGUAGGAUCUGGACAAAAUGGUGCAAAAAUCACAUAUCUAGAUCCGAUAGUUUAAUAUAAAAGAACAAGAGAGGAAGACGCUGGUUAGACUCUGCCAAAGCAUUAAUGGAUUAGGCUUUGGAGCUGUCCUCCAAUCACUGAAACAAGUUAGAGAUUUGACCUUUGAACCCAGAUUAACUUUUAAGUCUCUCCUUCACUGAAACGCCUAAUAGACACUCGUUUAAUAAGACUCAAACAUCUGGCCGAGUUUGUUUAAACAUUUUUUUUUAUUCACAGAGCUGAGUUUGUGUAGUCUGAAAAUGGAAGCAGCUUUUUAAGUUAGUCGCAGUCGAUGCUUGAUCCAGAGAUUUCUGUUUUGCAUCUUGUUUAUCAGCGUGGUCGGGACUACAGCUGCGACAAGUAGUUGACUAAAAAGUCUAUCCACAGAACAUUAGUCUGCAGCAAAAAUACCCUAAAAAUUCUGCUUUCAGAAAAAGUGAGAAUUUGUUGUUUUUCUUUGUCAUAUAUGACAGAAAAUCCCCCCAGCCGUGUUGUAAAAAAAUUCACAGACUAAAUGAUUAAUUCAUAAAAUAAUUGGCAGAUUAAUCUAUAAUAAUUAUUGUCUUGGAAGAAUAUGUGACGUCACAAUGAGAUAUGACACCUGUAGAAUUUGCUGCUGUGAUCUCACAGAAAUACGUGAAAUGACCACAACCUCUGAACACCGCAUGACGUGGUGGUGACAUGUAUUGUGUUACAAUUAUACAGUGACGGCACGGUUGUGUUUAGGCACCAAAACUACUUGGUUAGGUUUAGAAAAAGAUCAUGUUUUGGUAAAAAAGUCCAGUGUGUAGGGUUUUAGGAGGAUGUAUAGGCAGAAAUCGCAUAUAAGAAGUAUGUUUUCCUUAGCGUAUAAUCACCUGAAAUUAAGUAUUGUCGUGUUUUCGUUACCUUAGAAAGAGUUGUUUAUAUCUACAUAGGGAGCAGGUCCUUGCUAAAGAGAUCGCCAUGUUGCACCGCCAUGUUUCUUCUGUAGUUCGCAGCCACUCCGCUACAACAGCGUUAGAAAAACAAAGACAUUUUAAACUGCUUUAUGCGGUGUGUUUACAUGUGUUAAUCACCUGGCGUUGCAUUUUUAAAACUACGUGUAGGUUCCAUAAUCAAAAUGUUUGUACGGACAAAAGCCAGUAAUGGUGUGUGCCAAAAAAUAUUCGAGAAUUUCUACAGUCAGGCUUCCACCUCACCAUCUGUGUCGGCAAUUUCCUGUCUGC